AAUUCCAAAUGAGGGUGGUAUUAUAUUUAUAUAUUACCCUAGUUUUAAUUAUCUUCCUCCACCAUACCAAAUUUAACAAAAGAUAGUAGAAGAAAGUAAGAAAGUCAAGAUACAUAAACAAAGAAAAAAGCUUCUUCCCAAAAACAAAAACAAAAACAAAAACAAAAAAACAAUACAAAGUCUUUAAACCCUAACCCUCAAUUGCACUUUACACCUCUCUUCAUCUAAUUCUCCUUCAUCUAGAAAGUUCGCGAAUUUUCACACACAAUUUCAGAAAUUCACCAUCGAAUUAUUUUCUGCUAAUUUGAAGAACAGAUUAAACAAUUUGAGAGAAAAGUAUUGCGGGGAGAUUUAAUUCAUUUCGACGAUACCGAAAACUCGGAUCUUCGAAGAUUUUAAAGUUAACAUAAUGUGCUUCCUGAAAGAAUUCAAAUUGCAUCUGUAAUUGGUCGAUUUUGAGGUGUUGCUACUGAAAUUGCUGCAGUUUCUGGAUUUUGAAGAUGAAGGAUGAUGACGUCACUAAUGCAAGAAGAAUUCUCUUGCCAAAGAAAUCAUGGCCGUGAGCAAAGGACACACCCCCUAAGUUUGUGUGACAUGGAAAUUAUUGUGGGCAAUGACGUCAUUAAUCAGACGAGAGGAUGAAUAGAGUUCUACGAAAUGAUUCGAGAAGCAGAGUGAAGUCAAGUACUAACUAAUGUAAACUUGAUGGAAAUUCUUAAUCACCAUGAAGUGCAUUAGUUGUGAAUUGUGAUGGGACCCAUAGUGUAAGAAGCACUAAUUGCAAAAAAAACUGUAAUUAGAAACAAGCUCUAUUUAUUGUUGAACAAAAUGUAACUCGGAUCAAAUGAUCGAUGUGUUGAUUGAUAUGGCAUUGAAAGAAGGCCACAUCACCAACCUCCAUGGAUUGGGAGUAUGAUGAAUAACUUUUUGAAAGAAGUACCUAAAAUCCAGGAUGAAUUCGUUUAAUUCUCCUAAAGCAACAAUGAAUACUUUUGUGUAUUAAAGGAGUCAUGUUUAUGAGCAUGGGACACCCUAAUUAUGUGGUAACAUGAAGCAUUGCUUGGAUAUAACUAGAAUGACUAAUUAUAAUAUAAUUGUGCACAAUGGCUAUAGAAGCAUGGUGAAACUAAUUACAAUCUCUUAACAUGAUGAAAGUUGGAAUGGUGAUUGAGGAAGCAACAACUACAAAGUUCUAGUUUCAUGUGAUUGGAUCAUAAUCCCAAUCAAAAUAUCAACGUGUUAUGAAAUUGCAAGGCCACAUCACUUACCUUCAUGUAGAAGGAGUAUGAUGGUAGCUAUUUUUUCAAAGAUAGCUAGAAUGUAUGAUAAGUAGCCUACUAUAUUGGUAGUCUACUAUAUUGUCCUGAGGCAACAAUUGCAAAGAGGUGGAGGAGAUUAAACGAUGAAGAUUUGAUCCAUGUUAUCGAAGCUGAGCACACUUGUUUUGGCAAUAGGUUCCUCUUGAACCAUGACUUGCCAAUUAGGGACAUGAAUGGGUCGUGAAAUUCGCUAGCUUGCAUGUAGCACCAUUGUGAAUAAGAAUGAACCGAAUAGGGAACUAGGCUUAUAUUGUUUAUAAGCACACUUAUGUUUGGUGAGAACUUGAGAAGUGUUUUUGAGCAUACCAAGGAAAAUCCACUUUCAAAAUUAUUAACCAAACAAGUGUAAGCUCCUCAAAAUAAGGGGAGGUGAUCCUCAAAUAGGAACAUCCACCCGUUGCAAAGGUUUAUCGAAGCGGGAGGCGAUCCUUGAACAGGAACAUCCACCCGUCGCAAAGGUUUAUCGAAAUGGGAGGCGGGAGCUAGUGAAAUUGUCAAGGAGAAGGAUAUCUAGCAAUACAAGAUCUCACAUUUCGUAUUUGAAGGUGCUGGUAGUUUAGCUGAAGAAAUGAGUGGAAGUAGCAAGAGACGGCAUUCGAAGUGGGAUCAUAAAGAUUCUGAAGCCUUACCUGAAAACUUCUAUGAUAGGGCUCAGCCACGGAGGCCUAGAGAGCCUGUUUCACCUGUCAGAGGUUCACGUAGACAUGAUAGUCGUAGCAGAGAAAGCCCAGUGGCAUGGGACAGAGAAGGAAACUGCCCAAGAAUAUCUCCAGGACUAGAUGAAUGGAGACCUCGGCAUUCAAGUCGAUCCCCGAGGAAUGGUUGGAGCCGGUCGCACAGGAUUAGUAAGAGCAGGAGCAGGAGUCGUAGUAGGAGCCAGAGUCCAGCUCAUAACUUUAGAAGGGAACCUGCUGUUAACGAUAGGAGUAGAAGCAGAUCUGGAAUGUCACCACAAAUAUGCAAGGAUUUUGCUGGUGGAAGAUGUAGAAGAGGGAGUAGUUGUCAUUUUCUUCACCAAGAUGCUCAACUGUAUGACAAUAGGCGUCCUCUAGAAUGUGACCCGCCAGAUGAUUGGGAAAGACGUCGAAGGAGUGGAGGUUCAAGAUAUUCUUCUGAUGACGCUAAGGACAAUGCUAUAAGGACUGACAAAUCUGCUCAUAUCUGUAAUGAUUUUUUAAAGGGCAGGUGUAGAAGAGGUGAUUCAUGCAGGUAUAUGCAUCACGACAAUGCUGGUGACGUAUUUGAGAAAGGAUCUGUUGAAGAUGUCUACAGGAACAGGGAUCACGAACACCGAAGUAGGGAUACAUAUUAUGAUCAUGAUCAUGAUCGUAGGAACAGGGAUACAUAUUCUGAUCAUGAACAUAGAAGGAAGGACACUUAUCCUGAUCGGAAUCAUGAAUCUGAGCCCCCCAAGAGACUUGAAACUCCAUGUAAGUUUUUCGCUGCUGGAAAUUGUCGGAAUGGAACUCGUUGCAGGUUUUCUCAUCAGGUUCAAGAAAGUUUUAGUCCAGAGAGGAGGUCUCGAGAGGAUAGGCGCGGUCCUGACCGUAAGUUUGAGAGUGGCCAGGUUCGGGAUGGUCCAAGAUGGAGUGAUGCAACUACUGUCUCAACUGUUCCAGCAGUACAAGGUUGGAAAGAGGACAAAAAAGAGAAUAACGAAGUGAAUACAGCGAGGGCUCAAAGUGAUGGGAAGCGUGCAGACCGUAAAUAUGAGGGUGACCAAGUUUGGGAUGGUCCAAGUUGGAGUGACACUCUUAUAGUGCCAAAUGUCACUGUAGUCCAUGGUUGGGGUGAGGAUAAAAAUGAGAGUGCGGAAUUGACUGAAGACAUGACUAGAGGUGGACAUAAGGAUGAUUCUUCGAGCCAUGUUAGGCUUGACAUAAAUCAAACAUGGGAUACAUUACCUACUGAGAAACCUCAAUUCCAGGAUAAAAAGCAGUUGUUGCUUCAGUAUAAGAUGGAAGAUAAUGUUCCUAGCUUGGGUCAUUUUGCAUCGGGAGGGGUAGAAAAUUUAUCUGGUGAUAUGGAGAUUUCUCCUAGGGUUACCAAACAGCAAGCUGUGAAAUCUUUAACUUCACAAACUCCAUCUAUUUCCAACAUUUCUUUUGCUGAUGUUCAUCCAGAUGCUGCUGGUGAAGCUUCAUUUGAGAAGAAUUACCAUACUGGAUUGCAGGAACAGAAAGCAUUUCAUGAUACUUCUGCUGAGCUGCAUCCCAUUUUUAAUAAUAGCAAACCUACAUCAUAUUCUGGAGAAAAGAGAGAGACGAUCAGAGAUCAUGAUGGUGCAUUUAUCAUCCAGAAUCAAGCGGUAAAUGUUCCACCAGAGCAUGGCCUUCUCCAGUCUGAUCCCAGUGGCAGUGUUCACCCUAUAUCACAUGUAAAUCUUCCUCCUGGAAAUAGUCAGCUUUCAUUCUCUUCACGUCCUUCUCCAGGAGAGACAAUGCAAGUGUCACAUAAUCCAUCAUCCUUUCUAGAUAGCAAAGUUGGUGAGGGGUCUUACGUGGCCAGUUUAGGGCAAGGCGGCAUUGUCCAACCUGAUCUGAAUGUCAGUGCUUACCCUAUCUCAAAUACAAAUUCUUCUCUUGGACAAACUCAGCUUUCACUCCCUCCACAUCCUUCUCGAGGUGAGACAAUGCAAGUAUCACAGAAUCCAUCAUCUUUUCUCGAUCACAAAGUUUCUGAUGGGUCUCAUGAAGCCAGUUUAGCUUCAUCUACACUUGCUCCAGGAUCUGUUACUUCCCAUGGCACAGUAAGCAAUGAGCAACUGGCACAACUAUCCCAUCUCACUGCUUCUCUGACCCAGCUACUUGAAAGCAGGCAGCAGCUUUCACAGUUUUCUUCUGCCGCUGCUUCCCUUGGUAUGUCUAACCUCCCUGACUUGGCAGCUCCUGUUCCUCCAGUACCUUCUGCUGUGAUCCAGUCUAAUCAAGCUCCUGAAGUUUUGAAGCAAUAUGAUCCUGUAUGUAACAGCAUUGAGCCAAAGAUUCCCAACUUGGGUAACCACUUGUUGCCGACUGCUGAACAAAAAAGCAUUAAUAAUGAACUGCAUCAUCUUGGUAAUAGUGAAAUACAUCACGAGGGUGACAAUGUGAAUCAACAAGAGCCUCUUGUAUCAUUCAAGGAUGAGGAAAAUGGAAAAAAAGCAUUUGAGGAAAGAAUCAAGGUGCCGGAAAACGGGCCUUCCGAGGACGUGGGAGCAGAUGAUGGAGAUCAUGAUGGUAAAAAAUUGAAAGAUAUAAAAGGAAUUCGUCCAUUCAAAUUUGCUUUAGCAGAGUUUGUUAAGGAGCUUUUGAAACCCUAUUGGAAAGAUGGCCAAGUAAGCAAAGAGGCCUACAAGACGAUAGUCAAAAAAGUGGUUGACAAAGUUACAGAGACGCUUGGGCCUCAGAUUCCUCAAACAAAGGAGAAAAUUGACCUGUACUUGUCAUGUUCGAAGCCAAAAAUCGAAAAACUUGUACAGGCAUAUGUAGGAAAACAUCUAAAGGGCUAAACUGCAAAAGCGGAAAAUCGUGUUGGAAUAUGAUUAUCCUGUACCAUACUAGUUGUAGCUGGUUCUUUUGAGAUUUUUGUACAUUCAUUUUAUGCAUUAGAGGCAACCUUUUUCUGCAUGUAAUUUUUGCUUCUUAGAUAAGUUAGCUAGCUUGUAAUUUACGAGAUAGCUCAAUGAAUCAACUUAGCACCAUUCUAUCUAUUUUGUACUGGUUAUGACCCACAAACAGCUCAAGAAUGUUUUGUAAGCCCGAAAGCUAAUUCAAAACGUGUUUCAAGCAAUGGAGUUCAUGAUUAUUGCAUUGA